AUGAAUACAGAUGAUAAAAACAUAGAACCUGUGACUGAUUUAGGACUUGACCUGGGUUAUUCCAAUCAGUGCAUUCAGAGAAGAUUGAAGAAUGAUUCAGGUGCAGGUGCAAAUGCAGGUUCAAGUGUAGACAAGACAUUUGUGGCCACCAAUGCCCUGUCGGAACUAGUUUGGUCUCCACAGAAAGGUUUGAGUCUUAAAUGCGCUGAUGGCAGCUUCUCUGACAUAAAACCCUCUCUGUUACGGGGUGCAGGACCAAUUAAUAUGGUUAGUGGAUCGAGUACUGACAAACCGGGCAGUAAAGAAUAUUUCAUGACAUCUCUGGGUGAAUCUGAUGUGAGGAAUGAAGUUGCUGGAAGAGGCAAUUCCAAAAAGUUGGUUACUGGUGUUACAAGUAUGUUUCCGUCAAGUGAAUCAAGACAGGCUAACAAAAUAGCUCUCGUUUUGGCAGCAACUGUUGAUCACGAGGAGGAAGUGGACACAGCAGUGGGGCUAUCUUUUUUGCAGAAAAAGGAGGAUCUAAGAAACAGUAGAGCAGAAGAUAUAAAUGAUCCUAUGAAUCUUCAAGUAGAUGAAAUCUCUGGGACCAGAGAAAACAAGAUUCCAAAUGAACCGAAACUGGAUGUGGCACAGAAUGAUCCUACUUCGGAGGAACCUUUUGUCAGAUUUAGAGGUGUUGGUGAUGGGAGUCACACAUCGCAGACAGAAAUUGCUUCGGCCUCACAAGUUCAAUCUGUGAGAGAGUGUGAAUUUAAUGAUGCUAAAAUGGAGAAAGCACCAUCCUCAGGAAGAGAACAUUUUGAGUCACCUUCAUGCAUGGAAAAAGAGAGAGAAAAUAAGGUGGAAAGGGAUCCCUACAUCUGUCCUCUGGAAAAAAUGGAGUCAACUGCAGAGAAUGAUUUAAAACCUCCACGUGGUGAGAAUGUCUGUGAUGUGGCAACUAAGAUCGUGGGAUCAAAAUCUGCCCAGGAAGUCCAAAAUAGCUGUCGGCAGGAUGAUAAGAUACUUUCCAGAGACAAUAAUCAUUGGAAUAAACAGUCUCCCACAAACAGCAGAACCCGAAGGUAUCAGAUGAAAGGCAAGGCUAAGGCUUUAUCUGAUGGAAAUUUAAAUGAAAGAGUGCUGGAUAUGCAGGAUGACAGCCAUGAAAGUGUUGAAAGUUGCAACAGUGCUGGGUUAUUUUCGACUGGCAAAAAGCGACGGAACUUUGACCCAGAGUCGUGUGUUGGGAGCAAAAGUGUCAAAACAAAAAUUCAAGAAAGUCCCGGUUCCUCUUCAUUUGUUAAACAAGAUAGUUCAUUCAUGAUUUGGAUCUCAAACAUGAUGAAGGGUUUCUUAAAAUCAAAAGAAGAUGAGGCACCACCUCUUGCUCUUACCCUUGGAAAUUAUAAUCAUAAACAUAAGAAUCGUGACAAGAAUCUCUCUCCCUGUAAUAGAAACCAAGAUCAAGAGUGCAAGACUAUGGGAUUUCAAUCCAUUUUUCAGUCAUUGUAUUGUCCAAAGACAAAGGCUCAAGAAACGGUCGCUUUUAACACCAAUAAUCAAACCAAGGGAUCUAAACAACUUGAGCUAGACAACAUGAUCUGUGACAGUAAUGCUACUCCAAUAGCCUGUUGCAUGGCGACUGACACCGUGUACAAACGGUUUAUUCAAUCGAAUGACGAUUUAAAUGAGUCGAGAACUAGCAAUGGUGUAGCUCCAGCGGCCCUGACCAAACUUUUGUCCACGAAUACUGCUUCCAGUCAGGAAAUCAACAGGAAAAACUCUGCAGAGAAUAAAAUUUUAUGCAACUUGGCAACAGAUGAGGAGAAGGAUGGGACGAGCUCCAAUUCCUCUCUGCGUAAGCACAAGAGGAACAGUGCUGAGAACAUCGAUGCUGAACUAACAUCUGAAGGCAAGGCAGCAAAUAAUUCCAGCUACAAAAGUGACCCACUCACAAGCUGGUGGAUCACUCGUUUUACUCCAAAAACUCCUGGUCCCUUGUCAAACCGGGAUCUUUGCACCAGAAAUACUGGCGAAGCACUUUAUGGCUCCUCUGAUAGCAUGAGGCUGAAGGCUCAAUGGCAGAACCAUCCUACUUCUUUCCAUGAUCAUAUUGUGGGGGCCUGGGAGGAGGAGCACUCCACUGAGGACCCAGUAUACAUGCAAAAUUGUGCUGACAGUACUGAAGUUUCAUUUGGCAUCAGUAAGGUAAAUGAACACCAUGAUGAGAAGUCCAUAUGUAAACUGAAUUCUAUCUUGCCUUGUUCAAGAUACAGACAUACAGAGGCAAUAGCUUCUGUUUUUGCAAGGAGAUUGGAUGCCCUCAGGCACAUCAUGCCGUCACAUGCAACCGAUGAUUCUGCUAAUGGAAGCCUGACAUGUUUCUUUUGUGGCGUAAAAGGUCACCAUGUGCGAGAUUGUCCAGAGAUAACAGAUAGUGAGCUUGAAGAUCUUCUAAGAAAUGCUAAUUCAUAUAACGGAGCAAAAGAAUUGCAUUGUGUUUGCAUAAGAUGUUUCCAGUCAAAUCAUUGGGCCGUUGCAUGUCCUAAUGCCUCUUCAAGAACAAGACAUCAGGCAGAAUAUGGCGAGUAUAGUCAAUUAGAAGCUGCUGAUGCGCCUACAGUUUGCAGUGGGAAAUUGAAUGAAGCUUUUGCCUCUGGGACAAUGAAUUUGAAUAUGAAACUGUGUGAGGAAGAUAUUGCUUCAAGUUCUGGGAAAAAGAUGUUAAGAGAAAACCAGGUUACGCCUUUGAGCAAUUUUGUCGAUAGCCAGAUAUCAGACUUACCCAAGGGAAUUUUUUAUGCAGUAAAAAGGCUUCGUUUAUCUCGAACAGUUAUUCUCAAGUAA